GACGCUGCUUACUCAUGGCAGACACCCUCACAGCCGUGGCAGAAUGGACAAAUCGGGUUCAACAACUGUAUUCAGCGGUAUGGGUCGUACAAUCAAACUGGCAUGUGCAAUACUCGUGAGUGUUGCAUAUGCUCUAGAGCUCCGUCUAUCUUGACGUGCUCUGAGCGAAACGCAUGAUUUGUAUGCGAUACAGUCGCCAUCAACUCGGCCGAAGACUUCUGCCUCUAUGCGCCACCGAUGAACAACACGAUUGCCAACACGGAGCGCUUCACCGUGGCUUACUGCACCCAGCCUGGCUACGGCACACGGCUCAUCCCCGAUGGCACUCUCACCUCCGUGCACUUUGUGAAAACGCCGAAUUACGUUCAGGUAGUGGCGAACGGUGAUUUUACAAAGAUCAAUAUUGCUCCAGGUGACGAGGGUGGCGAGCUUGAUCCGCACGGAGACGAUGGUAACGGCAACCCCGAAGGAACACUCGUCUACUCGAGGGCCUUUGGGAAUGACUCGCAUGGGAAUCCAAAACAAAUGCAUCAGUGGAUGCAGUUCAUCUCCUACAGCCAGGCUUGUUUCCGGGCGUGUGUCAACAACGAUGCUUACGACUCAGCGCUCUGCCAGCAUAUCUACGACAAGAUGGGAUGCGGCUGGGUCAUGCCAUCAAAUUACACUGUGGGUGCCUUUGACAACUGCGAAGGUGACAACGGCGACCCACCUGGCGUGUACGGCACUUCUACGUGGUAUCAAGGUGACUGCGGUGCAGCAUGUGCUCCUCCGGCACACGACCCGCCCGCGUCAUCCAACUGCCAGAACAUCGCUUCCCCCAUGAACAAAGUCAUGCUGCCGGGCAUGACAACGAGUACGACGAUGAGCAGCAUGACUACCAGCGCUUCGAGUACGAAUCCCAGCAGCGGCAGCGGAAGCUCUAGUUCCAGCAGCUCGAACCAUAGCGGAGCUGUCGGCCAAGUCGGCACGAGCUCACUAGGUGCUACUGCACUUGUCGUCGCAGCAGCUAUCGGUGCGGGCGCUCUACUGCUCUAGCCGCGCGCCAAUCAAAACGUCUUCUGAAGCUCCCUGCACUGCCUGAGA